GCGGGGACAGAAUGUGGCUCCAGACGAAGGCGGCAAGAACUACGACUGCUCUCCGAAACUUAUUGAGUCUUUACAAACUGUGGAUUUCUUUUCCUUCUGUGCUCUUUUUUUUUGUAAGAACGCCAAACUAACCCGUUCGGAUUAACACUUUUUAAAAGGAAUAACUUGUUUUCUCAUUAAAAAGUGGCCGACUGGAGCUCGGGUCCCCAUGUUCUGCCUUGUGAGUGCUGCUUGGCCUGCUGAGCCCAUAGGUGCUGGUGUGUCUGUCCUGGGCUGCAGCUGAGGCAGGGAUACUGACUGGUGGUGGUGUGGGUGCCUGCGGUGGUGGAGGCGGGUCGUCCGAGGGCCCAGAGCCCCGGUAGCAGGCGGAGUGGCCUGUCCUGUCCGAGCCACACGAAGAUGAACAAACUGAACUUCCACAACAACAAAGCCAUGCAGGACCGCCGAUGUGUCUGUGUCUUUUUGCCCAAUGAUGACACGCUCAAUGUCAUAGUCAAUGUGAAGACCUUGUGCCAGGAACUGUUGAUCCAGGUGUGUGACCUCCUCAGGCUGAAGGACUGUCACCUGUUUGGACUCAGUGUUAUUCAGAAUAAUGAACACAUCUAUAUGGAGCUGGAUCAGAAGCUAUCCAAGUACUGCCCCAAAGAAUGGAAGCGAGAAGCAAGCAAGGGCAUCGACCAGUUUGGGCCUCCCAUGAUCAUUCACUUCAGAGCUCAGUAUUACGUUGAGAACGGGAGAUUGAUCAGUGACCGGGCAGCCAGGUACUACUACUACUGGCACUUGAGGAAACAGGUGCUGCUCUCACAGUGUAUCCAAAGGGAGGAGGCCUACUUCCUCCUGGCAGCCUUCGCCCUGCAGGCUGACCUGGGCAACUUCAAACGUAACAAGCACUUCGGGAAGUACUUUGACCCUGAAGCUUACUUUCCCCCAUGGGUGAUAGCCAAGCGCGGCCGUGAGUACAUCCUGAGGCAUAUCCCCAACAUGCACAAAGACCAGUUUGCCCUCACGGCUUCAGAGGCGCACCUCAAAUACAUUAAGGAGUGUGCCCAGCUUGAUGACGUCACUGUCCACUACUACAGACUGUACAAGGACAAGAAGGAAGUAGAGGCAUCUCUUACAUUGGGACUGACUUUACGUGGUAUCCAAAUAUUUCAGAAUGUCGGGUCUGUGAGGCAACUGUUGUACGACUUCCCCUGGACCAACGUGGGAAAACUGGUAUUUGUGGGGAAGAAGUUUGAAAUCCUUCCUGACGGUCUGCCCUCGGCUCGUAAACUCAUCUACUACACAGGUUGUCCCUUGCGCUCUCGCCACCUCCUGCAGCUGCUCAGCAACAGCCACCGGCUCUACAUGAACCUGCAGCCUGUUCUCAAACAAGUCCGCCGGUUGGAGGAAAACGAAGAGAAGAAGCAGUACAGGGAGUCGUACAUCAGCGAUGCUCUGGAACUGGACAUGGACCAUCUGGACAAACAUUCUCGGGCCAGCGGCAGCAGCGCAGGGAGCAUGUCUCAUCACAAACGCCUGUCCCGCCACUCCACAACCAGCCACGGCAGCUCACACACCUCGGGCAUCGAGACGGACAGCUUCAGGGCCCCGAGUCAGGCCCCGCACAGGCCCCUACGAACCUGCAGCUCGUCCACAACCAGCCACGGGAGCUCACACACCUCCGGCAUCGAGAGCAGCGGCAAGGAGCGCAUACUCGAUGAUGAUGAGAUUGAGAUGCUUGUGGAUGACCCCAAAGACUACGAGGAGCUUCAUGAGAUGGCCCUGGACCAGGAGCUGUGUAUCCACAUCACUGAGGACAUGUUGACCAUGUCUCCUGAUCAGACCAACGGAUACUCAGGACUGAUAGUAAAAGACGUCAGCUCCUCCACCUCCAGCUCCUCUGAGACCGUCGUCAAGAUGAGAGGACAGAGCAUUGAGUCUCUGCCGCAGACAUCUGUGUGCAGGAAGCCUCAGUCUUCGACCGACCGACACAGCCAGUCUCUUGACGAUGUGCGGCUCUACCAGAAGGACUGCCUGCAGUGGGCGGAGCUCUGCCAGGACACCGCCCACAGCUACACAUUCGGCUGCGCCCAGGAGCUGAGCGACGGCGGCGGCAGCAGCGGCUAUCAGGGCCUCGCCGAUCAGCGCGCCGGCAUGCUGGAGCAGCACCCGUUUCCCAUCAAGAGAACCAACAAGUACUUCUCCCUGGACCUGACCAGCGACGAGGUCCCCGAGUUCGUGGUGUGACGGAGGGGGAAACAAGGCGACCCCUUAGGGUGAGCUUUUUGCUCCGAUGUGGAGAUGUUUCAGCCCUCAGGGAACGAGACAAGAGAGGAGUGUUGGGAGAGGUGGUUUCUAGGAUGAGUAAACUGGCAAGUUGGCUGUCCCUUCACUUACCACUUCAAAAGAACAACACAUAAUAAACGAACAAACAUGGAGGACUCUGAAAAGGGAACUUAAAGAACGGACAUUUGGUUCAAGAGAAACCUGCAUCUUUAAAACGUAACCUGAGCUGCUCCCCUCUGUGAAAGGAAACAAAAGGGAUCAUGUCAUCUUAAGAAAAAACAUUUUUAUUCAAAUCUGUCUACUCCAAACUGGUUUUCAAGAACAACACGUCAUGUUUGCCCUCUUUAUACUUAAACAGAGUGUAUGUGUGCAUGCACAUAGGCUUACAGCAAACAGAGACUCGUGCACCGACAUGAAGAGCAUAUCAAAGAUUUUCCCUGGAGGACACAAAGGACAAAAUCACUCUAAGCUAUCGAAACCAAAGACAAGAAAUGGAAUUAAACUAUGUGCAACUUUUUCUCAAUGUGCAACCAUGAUUAAAAAAAAAAAAAAACAUUUCAGUGUCAUGGUGGGAGGGAAGAUGAACCCAUAACCCUUUGAGAGGCAAUAGCAUUGGUUUCUUCUUCUAUGCCAAUUCAUUUAAUCUCAACAGGAAGUGCAGUGUGCCAACUCUGCCCCUCCAGACUGAUCUCUGAAUCAUGUGAACACCCCACCACCCCCACCCCCCCUGAUGUGCCUUCAUUACACUAUGCAGGUGUCAAACCAUGGCCUUGACAAUCACACACACUCACCUUUAGUCAUUUUUAAAGAUCAGAGCCAUCAGAAUUCAAAGCUCGACAUUAUUUUUUAAAUGUCUCACACACACACACACACACACACACACACACACACACACACACACUUCAAGCCAGUUCUUCAGCAUCUUAAAUGUCAAAAAGACUUGGUUUCAAACGGUUUCAUGUCCUGUGAACUCUUGCAGAGUUUCCCGGGAGGAAUGAGGUUGAGUAAGUUCCUACAUGUCCUGACUUGUGUCGAGUUAGCGGCCACAAAAGCUUCCCUGUAACAUAGACUCAAAAUGGAGUCUGGUUGGCUGUCGGCCAAAUCAAACCGUACAUUUUGAUGCAUACGUACAUGUACGUCUUACUCUCUGCUCAGUUGUCUUUCACUCUUGUUGUCUUCUGUUUUGUUUCAUCCAUCAUUUAAACUGGAAUUUGUUACAUUUUUUAUUUUCCAUCCUGUCAUUUUACCUGAAAUCUCUUUACAUGUUGUAUUUUUGUAUGAACUGUCCAGACUUGUGUAUGUUGAACAGUUAUUCUGCGUGCGGUUGAUGUCAUUCAGUAUUACAGGCAAAUGUAUGUGACAGUAUUAAGGACAUGUGAUGUUUGUGGCUCUGAACAAGACAGACUGGUAUUUUAUAAUUUUUAAUGUCACAGUAAGAUUCAAGAGAACUGGAGCCUGUUGUACAACUUGAGGGAAUUAAGGACAGGGAGUUGUUGCAGGUUUUUUUUUUUAACUCAUAAAUCAUGCAGCUCAGAUUCAAAGUGCCACUGUAACAGCUUUGUCUGAUUUAAAUCAAUAAUAUUGUUCUUUAGAUAGAUACCACCAUAUGUUUAGCUUCUUUAUGGUGAAAACACUACUUUUCUCUUGUUUGAAUUAGGAGGAAAAUACUGCACCAUAACUUUUAUCAUGACCACAGAAUUACUUGAUACCACUCUCAUGUCAGUACUAUUAAUACUGUACAUAGCUACAGCCACGAAGCUAAAGCCAGAAGACGAUUAGCUUAGCAUAAAGACUGGAAACAGCUAGCCCAGCUUUAUCCGAAGGUAACAAAAUCUGAAUUAAUAGCUAAGCCGAGCUGUAUGUUGUGAAACUUUUACAAGAAUUUACAUUUUAGAUCACUGUUGUUGUUUUUUCUGAGUCGUCCCAGUUCAGCUUUAAGUUACCCCAUGUCUAUUCAAACCCACAGUUUUCACAGACACAAUACAGCAUCUGAACAAGAGUUUAAACAUUUACAUACAUUUAUCUAACAUUAACAAAUACAUGAAUUUGAUACUGCUAUGUAAUUAAAAACAACUUCUAUAAUUCUUACAGUUUUUUUUUUUCUUUCACUAUUUAAACGUAUUACUUCUAUUCAUUAAUGGAAAAUGUCAAGUCACAUUUUGAUGGACAAUGAUGUUUCUUAUAUUAAAACAGUAUGUGUUAAGGUACAUAGCCAUACAGUCAUAACCCAUGUCCUUAAAGUCUUCAUAAUUUGUUCUUAACUUCCUUUUCUGACUUCAAUAUAUGGUCAUACGUUCACUAAGUAAGAGUCUGUAUGUCUGUGUUCAUAAUCCUUUCUGUGAAAGGAGCUCCCUUCAGGAUAAAAAUUAAAUUUUUUUUUGUCACCCUGUAGUUGAAGAAAUGAUGUUAUUAUGAAGUCUGGUCUGUGCCUUCUUGGUACUAAUGCCCUCAAUAUCCAAUAAAAAGGUACACUUAUUUGCCA